AUGGCCAUCUCAUCACGCCUCGCCCUAUGGGAGCAGAAGGAAAUCCACAUUCGGGAAGAGGACAAGAGCCCUCCACCGUCCUCGCCCCCUCCGCUUUUCUCUGUCAUCCCAGGGGGCUUCAUUAGGCAGCUGGUCCGAGAGACUGAGAAAGAGUCCAAGGAAGCUAGACUGAGGAAAGAGGCAGCUCUUGCCUCUCCGGAACGAGAGAUCCCAGAGGUUUCCGCUGGCCAGCCCAGCACUGGCACCAAGCCUGGGAGCCAGAACGUCCAGUCAGGCUCCCCCCAGAGUGCAGACAUUCUGGGCAGGAAGGGCGAGGAGGCCGGGACCAUGGACCCUGUGCUGAUGACUAUCAAUGGCGAGAAGCCCCAAGAGUCAGGCUCCAGUGGGACACCCGCCAAAAAAAGCCUGCCCUUCAAGAGAGGGGUGAGGAGGGGUGACGUGCUGUUGAUGGUGGCCAAACUGGACCCGGACUCCGCCAAGCCAGAGCAGAGGACCCAGCCCCGCGAUGCCCCUGCUUCCAAGACCCCAUCCCCAGCCACGGAUCCUGGAGGGGGAAAGGAGGGGGACACCCCAGGGACUUCUCGUGGCCCCCAGGCCAGCACCACAGAUGCACCUCCGAAGGCUGAGAAGACGCAGACUGGGGGCCUUGGGGACCCAGGAACUGUGCUGCUGACGAAAGGGGAGAAGGAUCAAGGCACAGUGCGAAAAGGGGGCGAGGCCCCCCAGACCAAAGGGGUGACAAAGGGGGAGCUCCAGGGCAAAGAGGGGUCGGGGGACGGGGGUCAACCAGGGGCAGUGGAGAAGGGGGCAGGGGACCCCCCAAACAAGGGGGCAAAGGGGAGUCUCUCCAAGGAUGCAGCAGGUGAAGGGAAGUGGGCUGGGGCCCAAGCCCCAGUGAGAAGGUGGGGAGGUUCCCUGGGCAGAAGGGGCAAGUGGGACAGUCCCCAGUGUAAGAAGGACAAAGAAGGUGCACUCCUGAGUAAGUCAGACAAGACGGAGGAGCCUCAGACCAAGGCGGAGAAGACUGGCAAAGUGCCAGGGAAGGAGGGGGAGGCUCCCAGAGCCAUGGACAAGACAGGUGAGCCUCAGAGCAGGACUGGGAAGGCAGGUGAGCCCCCAGGCAAGAUGGAAAAGAUGGGGCCACCUCAGAGCGCCUCUGCAGAGGCGGGUAAGGCUGGGGGUAAGGCAGAGAAGGACGAUAAAGCCCCCAAGGAGGUGGAUGCACGUGGGGCUACCCCGACAACAGCUGGUAAGGAGGACCAGCCUGAGAGCAGAGGACAGAAGGCAGAGGAGCCCCGCCCCGGAGCAGGCGAUGGGGCCGGGGCCCUGCAGAGGGAGCCGGGAGGCCCUGGGCAGCCUGCUCCGGAGGGCCACGCGGAGAAGCCUCAGAGGCCGAUGGGCAGCCAGGAGGCGAGCAGAGGAGGCCAGAGCGGAGUCUCGGGGCAGGCUCCUGAAGACAGAUGGUACGAGGCAGAGAAGGUCUGGCUGGUUCAGAAGGAUGGAUUCACUCUUGCAACGGUGCUGAAGCCGGACGAGGGAACAGCAGACCUGCCGGCAGGAAGGGUGCGACUGUGCAUUGACGCGGACGGUAGCAUCACGGAAGUGGGCGAGGAGCACGUUCACCGGGCCAACCCCCCCGAGCUGGACCAGGCUGAGGACCUGGCCUCCCUCGUCAGUGUCAACGAGUCCAGUGUCCUGAACACGCUUCUGCAGCGCUACCGGGCGCAGCUGCCUCACACCCGCGCCGGGCCCGACCUGAUCUUCCUCCAGCCCCAGGGGCUCAUGGCGCCCUCUGCCGGCAAGGUGCCCAGGAACCGCUGGGAUGGCCUGCCUGCCCACAUCAGCUCCCUGGCCCAGAGGGCGUACUGGGCUCUGCUGAGCCAGCGGAGAGACCAGAGCAUCGUGACCCUGGGCCGGAGCGGCGCUGGCAAGACCACCUGCUGUGAGCAGGUCCUGGAGCACCUGGUGGGGAUGGCGGGCAGCGUGGACGGCAGGGUCUCAGUGGAGAAGAUUCGAGCCGCCUUCACCGUCCUCCGGGCCUUCGGCACUGUGUCCACCGGCCACAGCCACAGUGCCACCCGGUUCGCCAUGGUGAUGUCACUGGACUUCAACGCCACAGGCCGAGUCACGGCUGCCCAGCUCCAGACAAUGCUUUUGGAGAAGAGCCGUGUGGCCCGGCAGCCAGAAGGGGAAGGCAAUUUCGAGGUUUUCUCCCAGAUGCUAGCUGGGUUGGACCUGGAUCUCAGGACAGACCUGUACCUGCACCAGAUGGCGGACAGCAACUCUUUUGGCAUGGGCCUGUGGCCUAAGCCUGAAGACAAGCAGAGGGCAGCGGCCGCCUUCACCCAGCUCCAGGGUGCCAUGGAGACGCUGGGCAUUUCAGACGGCGAGCAGAGGGCCAUCUGGCGGGUGCUGGCAGCCAUCUACCACCUGGGCGCGGCGGGGGCCUGCAAAGUGGGCCGGAAGCAGUUCAUGCGCUUUGAGUGGGCCAGCCACGCAGCAGAGGCCUUGGGCUGCGAGUACGAGGCCCUGAACACGGCCACCUUCAAGCACCACUUGCGGCAGAUCAUCGAGCAGGUGACGUCUGGGCCGAGCCGCCGGAGCCUGGAGGAUGAGGCAGCCAGCUCAGGGCUCAAGAUGACCGGCGUAGAGUGCGUGGAGGGCAUGGCCUCCGGCCUGUACCAAGAGGUCUUUGCCGCCGUGGUCUCUCUCAUCAACAGAUCCUUCUCCUCCCACCACCUCUCCAUGGCCUCCAUUAUGGUGGUGGACUCUGCAGGCUUUCAGAACCCUCGGCACCAGGGCAAAGACCGGGCCGCCACCUUCGAGGAGCUAUGCCACAAUUACGUUCAUGAGCGCCUGCAGCUGCUUUUCUACCAGCGGACCUUCGUCUCGGCACUGGAGCGAUUCCGGGAGGAAGAUGUUCCUGUGCAGUUUGACCUCCCGGAGUCAUGCCCGGGGACCACGGUGGCCUUGGUGGAUCAGACUCCCUCACAGGUGCGCCUGCCAGCCGGAGGAGGUGCCGAGGACGCCAGGGGCCUUUUCUGGAUCCUGGAUGAGGAGGUCCGGGUGGAGGGCUCCCAGGACAGCGUGGUGCUCGAGCGCCUCUGUGCCGCCUCUGAGAAGAAAGGAGCUGGAGCUGGAGGAACCUCUGCCCUCCGGACCUGUGAGCAGCCCCUCCAGUGCGAGAUUGCCCACCAGCUGGGACACGACCCCGUGCGCUAUGACCUCACGGGCUGGCUCCACAAGGCUAAACCCAACCUUGCAGCUCUGGACGCCCCCCAGGUCCUGCAGCAUUCCAGCAGGGAGGAGCUGAGGAGCCUGUUCCAGCCCCGGGCCAAGCUGUCCCCUGUGUGCCGGGCCGUGGCCGGCCUGGAGGGCACCUCCCAGCAGGCCCAGCAGCGGAACUGCGCAGUGCGGAGGGCAUUCGCCAGCAGCCUGGCCGCGGUGAAGAGGAAAGCCCCCUGCUCCCAGAUCAAGCUGCAGAUGGAUGCGUUGAUCAGCGUGAUCAGACGGUCGCAGUUACACUUCAUCCACUGCCUGGUGCCAAGCGCAGCGGUGGAGAGCAGAGGCGGGCAGGGGUCUCUGACUCCGCCACAGCCCAGUGGAGACAAGCCUGAGGCGGGAUGGUCCCUCCCCUCGGACAUCCCCGCACUGAGGGUGCAGCUCGCAGGAUCCUACAUCCUGGAGGUGCUGCGUCUGCACAGAGCAGGCUACGCUGACCACAUGGGGCUCACUCAGUUCCGCCGAAGAUUCCAGGUGCUGGAUCCUGUGCUCAUGAAGGAGCUCACAUCAGCACCUGAAGGAGUGGGUGAGAGGAAGGCCGUGGCGCAGCUCCUGCAGACACUGGACCUGGAGAAGAAGGCCGUGGCCAUGGGGCACAGCCAGGUCUUCCUCAAGGCGGGUGUGGUGUCCAGGCUGGAGAGGCAGCGGGAAAAGCUGGUGUCUCAGAGCAUCGUCCUGUUCCAGGCGGCCUGCAGGGGCUUUCUCUCUCGCCAGGGAUUCAAGAAGCUGAAGAUUCACCGGCUGGCCGCCCGGUGCAUCCAGAAGAAUGUGGCUGUGUUCCUGGCGGUCAGGGAUUGGCCGUGGUGGCGGCUGCUGGGUUCCCUUCGGCCCCUGCUGAGCGCCACCAUCGGGGAGGAGCAGCUCCGCGCUAAGGAGGCGGAGCUCACAGCACUGAGGCAGAAGCUAGAGAAGUCAGAGAAGUCUCGGAAUGAACUCCGGCAGAACGCAGACCUGCUGGAGAGCAAGAUCGCUGAGCUGACCACAGAGCUGGCCGAUGAGUGCUUCAAAGGGGACGUGGCCUGCCAGGUGCUGGAGAGUGAGCGGGCAGAGCGGCUGCGGGCCUCUCGGGAGGUCCAGGAGCUAAAGAGCAAGUAUGAGCAAGUCCAGAAGAAUCUGGGAGAAGUGGAGAAGCGGUUGGAGGAAGCCCAGCAGAAAAUUCAGUUGAAUGAUUUAGAGAGGAGUCACACUGGAGGAGCAGAUGAGUGGCAGAUGCGCUUCGACUGUGCUCAGAUGGAGAACGAGUUCCUCAGGAAGCGUCUCCAACAGUCGGAGGAGAGACUGGAGUCGGAGCUGGCAUCUAGGAAUGAGCUGGAGCAGAAGCUGAGGGAACUGCAGAGGGCCUACGAGGAGGCCCAGAGGACGGCCCAGCAGCUCAAGAGGAGGUGCCACCUUCUGACCUGCGACCUGGAGGACACGCGCUUCCUGCUGGAGAGCCAGCAGAGUCGGAACCACGACUUGGAGAGGAAGCAGAAGAAGUUUGACGCGCAGCUGGCCCAGGCCCUGGGGGAGUGCGUGUUUGAGAAGGGCCUCCGCGAGAAAGUGGCCCAGGAGAACAGCAGCACCCGGUGUGAGCUGGGCAGGCUUCAGCAGCUCCUGAAGCAAAAGGAGCAGGAAAGCUUGCAGCUGAAGCAGGAGGUGGAGAUGCUGCAGGCCCAGAAGCAGGAGCUGCUGAGGUCACCCUCUCUGGGGGAGAACUGCAUUGCAGGCUUGAAGGAGAGACUCUGGAAGCUGGAAUCCAGCGCCCUGGAGCACGAGAAAGUCCAGAACCAGCAGGAAAACACCAUCAAGCAGCUGGAGCAGGUCCGCCAGCGGUUUGAACUGGAGAUUGAACGGAUGAAGCAAAUGCAUCAGAAGGACCGUGAGGACAAGGAGGAGGAGCUGGAGGACGUCCGCCAGUCCUGCCAGAAGCGGCUCCGCCAACUGGAAAUGCAGCUGGAGCAGGAGUAUGAGGAGAAGCAGGUGGCCCUCCACGAGAAGCAGGACCUGGAAGGCUUGAUCGGAACCCUCUGCGACCAGAUCGGCCAUCGGGACUUUGACGUGGAGAAGCGUCUUCGGAGGGACCUCAGGAGGACUCACGCGCUGCUGUCAGACGUGCAGCUCCUGCUGGGGACCAUGGAGGACGGCAAGACGUCGGUCAGCAAGGAGGAGCUGGAGAAGGUGCAGAGCCAGCUGGAGCAGAGUGAAGCCAAGUGUGAAGACGCCUUGAAGACCCAGAAGGCGCUGACGGCGGACCUGGAGAACAUGCACAGCGAGCUGGAGAGCAUGACCCGCAGCAAGAGCCUGGUGGACGAGCAGCUGUACCGGCUGCAGUUUGAGCGGGCGGACCUCCUGAAGCGCAUAGACGAGGACCAGGACGACCUGAACGACCUCAUGCAGAAGCACAAGGACCUCAUUGCGCAGUCUGCUGCCGACAUUGGGCAGAUCCAGGAACUACAGCUGCAGCUGGAGGAAGCCAAGAAGGAGAAGAACAAGCUUCAAGAACAACUGCAGGUGGCCCAGAUGCGCAUUGAGUACCUGGAGCAGUCCACUGUGGACCGGGCCAUCGUCAGCAGGCAGGAGGCAGUCAUCUGUGACCUGGAGAACAAGACAGAGUUCCAGAAAGUGCAGAUCAAGAGAUUUGAGGUGCUGGUGAUCCGGCUUCGGGACAGCCUGAUCAAGAUGGGCGAGGAGCUCUCGCAGGCCGCCGCGGCCGAGUCCCAGCAGCGGGAGAACAGCCAGUACUACCAGCGGCGCCUGGAGGAGCUCAAGGCAGACAUGGAAGAGCUGGUGCAGCGGGAGGCCGAGGCCAGCCGGCGGUGCAUGGAGCUGGAGAAGUACGUGGAGGAGCUUGCCGCAAUCAGACAGACCCUGCAGACUGACCUGGAGACAUCCAUCCGGCGCAUCGCCGACCUGCAAGCAGCCUUGGAGGAGGUGGCGUCCAGCGACAGCGACACAGAGAGUGUCCAGACAGCAGUGGACUGCGGCGGCGGCAGUGGCAGAAAGGAGAUAGAUAACGUCUCCACCCUCAGCUCCCAGCCGGAGGGCAGUCUGCAGUCUUGGUUGAGUUGUACUCUGUCCCUGGCCACAGACACCGCAAGGACCCCCUCUCGACAGUCAGCCGUCAGCAGCCGUAUCCUCAGCCCCAGGACCCACGAGGAGGCCGGCGAUGGGGCCCGGGACGUCCGCAGCAGGACCUCGGGAGACAAGGCCACGUCCCCGCUCUCCCGCCGCCGGGGAACGUACGGCCACUUUGGAGAUGGCGAAGAGUGCGGCAUCCAGGGAAAGGCCCCCGAGAGGCCGGGAGCACCACCCUCCCCGUCUUCCCAGAGUGGAGAUGCGUCCCCGCUACCGCGGGACAAGCUGCCCAGCCCGUCGGCCGCCCUGUCGGAGUUCGUGGAAGGGCUCCGGAGGCAGAGAGCGCAAAGAGGGCGGGGGUCGCCACUGGGCCUGGAGGACUGGCCCACGCUCCCCAUCUACCAGACCACUGGGGCGUCCACUCUGAGGAGGGCCCGGGCGGGCAGCGACGAGGGCGCCCUGGCGCUGAGAGCCGGGGCCGGCUCACCCCUGGAUGUGUCGGCCGGUCUCCCACGGUCCACCAGCCUCAAGUGCAUCUCCUCGCAGAGCGUGGGGAGCCCCAGCCCGCCCCCUGAGAAGUUGAAGACCCGCUUCAGCUCCUGCGAGUCCCUCCUGGAGUCGGGCCCCAGCUCGUGGAGGACGCCCAGCUCCCCGGGGGCCGCGCGCAGGGACCCGCUCUCGUCGCCCACGCUGCGACCGCGGAGGCGCUGUCUGGAAUCCUCGGUGGACGACGCAGGCUGUCCAGACCUCGGCAAGGAGCCUCUCGUCUUCCAGAACCGCCAGUUCGCGCACCUGAUGGGGGACCCCCUGGGCAGCGACCCGUUCAGCUGGAAGGUCCCAAGCCUCAACUACGAACGCAAGACCAAAGUGGAUUUCGAUGACUUCCUGCCAGCCAUCCGGAAGCCCGAGACGCCCACGUCCUUGGCCCGAGCGGCCAAAGAUGGGCGAGACAGUUCACAGCAUUCGAGCGUCCGCUUUGCGACAGAAGAGGCCGACCGGGGCUUUGUCUCCGGGAUCGGCACCGUUUUGAAAAGGAGUCCGGAGUCCAGGGAGGACCCCGCUCACCUCUCCGACUCAUCGUCCUCCUCCAGCUCCAUCGUGUCUUUCAAAAGCGCCGAUAGCAUCAAGAGUCGGCCGAGAGCCCCCAGGCUGGAGGGCGACGGCGGCGAGCGGGCAUCCCCCGAGAACAGAGAGCCGGGCGCAGGGAGGAAAGAGGAGGACGUGGAGAGCAUCAUGAAGAAGUACCUGAAGUAG